CGUCUCUCCGCUAGAGGGGAGAAAAAACCGAAGGGAGCGAAGCUGGGGGGGGGGUAGUAGCAGCAGCAGGAGCAGCGGGAGCAGAGAGAGCGCGCGACAAAAGGGGGGCACACGGGGGGGGGGGAAUCAGACACGAACCGAAACCCGAGCACAGAUUUUUUUUUAUUAUACCUCGAGCGUCUUGACCAAAAAAAAAACACAACAACAACAAAACGACGACCAUCCGCAACCACCACCACCCCGGCCAUCGAUUCGCAACAACACCCGCCGUCGCCGUCGCCACGAUCAUGGACGCCGGGGCGAGCGGCCGCCUAAAGGAGCCGUGAGGCGGGACCCCCCGGGCCGGGGCGGGGGGGAUCGGGGGGGAAGCCUCACGGGGGGGGAGGUGGAGGCGCCACCACCGCCACCGUCUUUGUGUUGUUGUUUUAGCUUGGGGGGGGUUAGAAACCAAGCGGAGACAUGAGCAGCAAGCUGUCGUUCCGCGCCCGGGCGCUGGACGCCUCGAAGCCGCUCCCCGUGUUCCGCGCCGAGGCGCUGCCCGACCUGCAGGACGCCGUCUCCAUCAGCCGCGCCGUGCCGCAGAUGCCCACGGGCAUGGAGCGAGAGGAGGAGUCGGAGCACCACCUGCAGCGGGCGAUGUCGGCGCAGCAGGCGUACGGCGAGAAGCGCGAGAGCAUGGUGAUACCCGUGCCCGAGGCGCAGAGCAACGUGCCGUACUUCCACGAUCUCUACCCCAGCACCUACCGUCUGCCCAAGCAGCUGAUCCGCCUGCCACCGCUGAGCCUGGAGCCGGACCUGCCCGAGUAUGACUUGGACUCGGAGGACGAGGUGUUCCUGGCACGGUCCGGCCGCCGCUACCCCAUCACGCCGAUACAGCUGGAGGCCAUGGUGGAGCGCCUAGAGAAGGGCAGUGGCAUGCAGUCCGUCACGCUUGCAGAGGCUCGGCUACUGCUGCAGGAGGAGAAUGAGCUGAUAGAGGAGGUGUGGGAGUACUGGCGCAACAAGCGGCGGCGCUGCCGGGGCUGCUCGCUCAUGCCCUCGGUGCGGCAGGACCGGCGCGACGCUCCUGCCACGCCGGCCGGCAGCAACAGCAACAACCACAACCACAACCCCUACGUGGCCUUCCGCCGGCGCACGGAGAAGAUGCAGACGCGCAAGAACCGCAAGAACGAGGAGGCGUCGUACGAGCGCAUGCUGCGUCUGCGCCGCGAGCUGAGUCGCGCCGUCACCAUCCUGGAGAUGGUGAAGCGGCGCGAGGCCAACAAGCGCCAGCUCCUGCACCUCACGCUGCAGGUCGCCGUCAAGAGGUACGAGGCCGGAGACCUGAACGGGGACAUGCUCGCCGAGGUGCUGUCGCAGCGGCAGCAGGAGGCGCCUGCCCACUCCCCGGCCUCCCCGCCGACGUUGCUCAACGGGGGCAGCCCCUACCACCACGUCGACUACAAGGCGCACCGGGAGCCAGGUCAGCCUGGGCGGCCCAAGCGCAAGUACGAGCACCAGAAGCACCGCCCAGGUGCCGGCCGUGCCGCAGCAACGCCACCGGCCGCCAGCGCCGUCACCCCCGCGCCGGCCCCGACCUUCAACCUGAAGGACCUCAACCAAUACGACUUCCACAGCUCCGGCGACGAGUCCCCGGCACCGGUUCAGUCUUCGUCAUCCGACUCGGAGCAAGAGAACGGUCCCGACGGGACGUUCACCUUCCGCCGGGUCGCCGGGUGCCUCUACCACGCGCCCCGGGACGGCGAACCGAGCGGGCAGGCGGCCAGCGACGAUGACAACGGCAGAGGCGGCGCGCGUGGCUACAGCCUCACGUCGCUGUCGUCGCCGCCGCGCUGCAUGGGGCUCGCACGACGGCGCGUCGGGCGAGGCGGGAGGCUGCUCCUUGACCGCUUGCGCUCGCCGCUCGACGGCCUCCUGUGGAGGCUGAGCGCGGACGGCGGCGCAGAGGAGCGAGAGAAGCGGGAGGGGGAGGAGGAGCGGGCGGCGUUGCCGAGCCCGGCCGAGCCCGGCGCGCCCUCGCCGCACCCGGCCCUCACCGACCCGCUCAGCUGCCUCCUCGCCGACAUCCGCGCCGCGCGCUGCCCGCACUACCGCCCGCGGCACGGCGCCGCCGCCGCCGCCCACCCCGGCACCGGCAAGCGGCCACGGCACGGCGGCGGGGCGCGGCACGCGGCCACGGACCACGGAGGCUUCACGCAGGAGCAGUACGCGAGGCACCAGCAGCAAGUGGCGGACAUGCAGCGUGAGCAGAGCGCCGCCCACUCGCUGCACCAGCAGCAACAGGGCCCCUGUCUGGGGAACACUCUGGACUCGGCCGGCGCCCUCUUCGCCGUCACGGCGCUGCUGGGCCCCACCGACGCACUGCCGCUAGCGUCGGGCGGCGGCGCCGCAGCGGUCACCGGCGCCCUCUCUCCAGCGCGCGCCGGCACCUUGGCGGGCACGGUGCCUCUCCCCGCCAGCCUCGCCAACUGCCUCCCGGUGGGCCCCGGGGCCUCGGUGGCGCUGGGCGGCGGAGGGCCGUCGGCGCAACAGCCCACGGCGCUGGCGGCCGUGCGACACGUGGGCCCGAUGCACCAGCAUCAGCUCGCCGGCGCGGGCGGCGCCAUCCCACAGCAGCCGACGACCGUGGCCGCGCUGCAGCACCAGCAGCAGUUGCAGCAGCAGCAGCAGCAGUUACAACACCAUCAGCAGCAGUUACAGCACCAGCAACAGUUACAGCAGCAUCAGUUGCAGCAGCAACUGCAGCAACCGGGCACGAUGGCGCAAACGGGAAGCUGCAUCCCGGCGCAGCCGCUGGUGCGGGCCGCCAUGGCGACGCACGCCGUCGGCAGCGGCGUGGCGAUGGCUCACGUCGCGAGCAAGGCCGCCGCGGUCAUGGCGUCGGCGGCGCAACCGGUGUACGCGAGGACGGCGACGGUGCAGCUCUCCGGCGUCCGGCCCCUCGCGGCCGUGCCGGCGCAGCACGCGCCGCGGCCUCACCACGCCCGCCCGGCGCCCGUGCCGGUGCCCGUGUCGGCGCCGGCGCCCUGCUCGCGCCCGGCCGGCUGCUCCUCGCCGCUGCCCGGCGGCGGCGCUCCCCUGCACGCGCACGCGGCGCCGCGGCCUCCGCACGGAGCGGCGGCGGCGGCACCGCCGCCUCGGGCGCUGGCGGUGGCGCCGGCGCCGUCGCCGGGGGCGUUGAAACUCGCCAUGGCGGCACGGGAGAGCCACGAGGCCGACCUCGGCUCCCUGAGCAGCCUCGCCGACAAGCCUGCCCCCAUGGAGGUGACGUGACCUCUGACCGGGUCGCCGCACCUCACCCCCCCCACCACCAACCCUGCGACCUCCCGGAGUUGCGGGGGGGGAGGGAGGACGCCAGCCAAUGACAGCGCACUGCCGCGCCACCGGCCCCGCCCGCCUCCUUCGCCCGCAUCGCUGCCACCCAGGCCACCGGGCCUAGCGACUUGGUCAACGCCACAAAACCACUAAGCCACACCGACCGCCGCUCGGGAUUUACAGCCAAUCGGGGCGGCCCUGUGAAUCGCUUAGCGUGGCUGGGGCGCGCCCCCCCCCCCUCACACUUGAGCCGGACCGUACGACUGGAAUUGGACUCUGCACACCGAGACGAAUCCAGAUCUGGAACCAGACCGAGAUGGCAUUAAAGACGUGCGAGGAGCAGAGGUCGUGAUGAUGGAAUGAAUAUAAAAGUCUUUAGUAGGGGCACUGCCUCGAAUCCAGCCUUUGAUAUUCGUUUGAACCUCUUUUUCGUUUUGCUCCUGGACAGGUCCUCUUUUAUUUCAAUUUGUUGUCGUUUGGUUUGGGUUCGGUGGGUGACAUUUUGCCCACACAAUCUUAUUGUUGCGGAUUGUGAAAGACUUCCUGGAGAUGGCUCCCAUUCCGGUUUCUGCGUUCCCGGGGUUCCAGAUUCUGGGUUCUUGCUCAGUGGAAAUUCACCUUCCCCGCGCUCGGCUGCGACGUGGUUUAUUUUUGUCCGGGCUGCGUGGGAGAGCGGCCUCUGCCGCCCGCCCGCCCGCACCUUCGCCCGUCUCGUCUGUACGGACGCGCGCAGAUUUCACACGGGAACGCGCUCGCCUUUGUAAUAUGUGUACAUAUAUAAAUGUAGAAAAUAUAAACAAACCGAUUCAUCCGUUCGUUGGUAACUUGAAAUUCGGAAACCUCAGCCUGUUAUGCUUUGCACUUGAAACACGUUG